CAUUGGCAGGGACGAGACAUGCCUCUUUUCUUCAAGCCUCUGAAAGUUACUUUUCUCUGCGGUGCUGUUCCGUUUGCCAGCAGUUUCAGUUUGUCGGUAUUGCUGGUUGUGAAUAGUGAAGUCAGUAUAGUUAUAUAGUUAUAGACUAACAGUGUGAUGUCAGUGUACAGACCGCUGGUGUGUUUACUCAGACAUGGGACUGCAGUGAGGGUCUGUAGGACAGUCACCACCUGGUCACCUGUAGGAGCUGCUUUCAAUUCCAAAGUCCAGAAGAGACUAGACCUCUUUCAACAAAAUGUGGGGUUGUUUGGGGUCCCGGAGCUCAGCUCCUUGGAGGGCUUUGAUGUGGUCCAGGACAGAGCUCUGCAGGAGACAGAGCAGCUUGUGGAGAAAGCCUGUCGCUGCCCGCCAGGAGUCAAAACAGUGGAGAUAUUUGAUAAACUCUCAGACAGCCUGUGCAGAGUGGCAGACUUGGCAGACUUUAUCAAAAUAGCACACCCCGAUUCGUCCUAUCGGGAGGCUGCAGAGAGGACUUGUAUAAAGAUUGGCACUAUGGUGGAGAGGCUCAAUACUAACGUUGAAUUGUGUAAGAGUUUAAAGGACUUGUUGGAUAAUGAAGAGAUCAUGGCCAAAUUGGACCCAGAGACAAGAAGAGUAGCUGAACUGUUCAUGUUUGACUUUGAAAUAAGUGGAAUCCAUCUGGAUAAAAAAAAGAGGAAAGAAGCAGUGAACUUAAAUGUUAAGAUCUUGGAUCUGAGCAAUAAGUUUCUUAUGGGCUGUCACAUGCCAAACAGAAUAGAGAAGAGCGCUCUUCCUGAACACCUUCACCAACACUUCACCAACGAGGGAAAUUACAUUCAGAUUGGAGGCCUGCACGCUGAUGCACCUGAUGAUCUGGUAAGGGAAGUUGCAUAUAAAAUUUUUCUCUACCCCAAUGCAAAUUUGAUGCACAUACUUGAGGAACUGCUGACCUGCAGGGAUAAGCUGGCUCGAUUGGUUGGUUAUGAAUCUUAUGCACACAGAGCAUUAAAGGGAACCAUGGCCAAAAGCCCAGAGGCAGUCAUGAACUUCUUACAGCUUCUCACAGACAAACUCUCUGACAGGACUGAAAAGGAUUUUAAAAUGAUGAGGGACAUGAAGACAAAACUCAACCCCAGAAAUCGAGAACUAAUGCCAUGGGACCAUCCAUACUACAGUGGUGUGAUACGUGCUGAAAGAUUUAACAUUGAGCCAAGUCUGUACAGUCCGUAUUUCUCACUGGGGGCUUGUAUGGAAGGUCUGAACAGUGUUUUCACACAGCUGUAUGGUGUAUCGCUGCUGGCCGAGCAGCCCAACCUGGGGGAAGUGUGGAGCAAUGACAUCCGCAAGCUGGCUGUGGUGCACGAAACCGAGGGUUUGCUGGGAUACAUCUACUGUGACUUCUUCUACAGGCCAGACAAACCCCACCAGGACUGCCAUUUCACCAUCCGUGGUGGAAGGCGGUUGGAUAAUGGUCAGUAUCAGCUGCCGGUGGUGGUUCUGAUGCUGAACCUGCCCCAUGCCACUCGAUCAGCCCCCACACUGCUCAGCCCGGGCAUGAUGGAGAACCUCUUUCACGAGAUGGGCCAUGCAAUGCACUCCAUGCUGGGACGCACUCGUUACCAACACGUGACGGGAACACGGUGUGCCACUGAUUUCGCAGAGGUGCCAUCUAUUUUAAUGGAAUACUUUGCCACAGAUUAUCGUGUGAUUAACCAGUUCGCCCGGCAUUACCAGACAGGACAGCCUUUGCCGCAGAGCAUGGUGGCACGUCUCUGUGAGUCCAAGAAGGUCUGUGGUGCUGCUGACACUCAACUUCAGGUUUUCUAUGCAAUCCUGGAUCAAGUUUAUCAUGGAAAACCAAAAAAUCAAUCAAUGACAGAUAUCUUGACAGACUUGCAAAAGAAGUAUUAUGGCCUACCAUAUGUCACCAACACCGCUUGGCAGCUGAGAUUCAGUCAUCUGGUCGGCUAUGGGGCGAAGUAUUACUCGUACCUGAUGUCACGGGCCGUGGCCUCCAUGGUGUGGAAGCAGUGUUUCCAUAAAGAUCCCUUGAACAGGGAAACCGGAGAACGUUACCGCAGAGAGAUGCUGGCACAUGGGGGAGGGAAGGAGCCCAUGCUGAUGGUUGAAGGCAUGUUGCAGGAAAGACCUUCCAUUGAGGACUUUGUCAACGCUCUCGUGACUGACCUCGACCCUGACUUUGAAACGUUCAUCAUGGAUUCUGAAGGCUGAACUGCAACAAUUUAAGUAGAAAAAACGGUGACAAUUAUUUCGCAGAAGUGCACUGUGGUGUGUGUGUGUAUGUGUGUAUAUAUUUAUAUAUAUUAUACACGUAUGUAUAUGCAGGUGAAUCUCAUUAAACCUAUCUAGAACAUAUUUGGGUCAUAUAUCACCCCAAAAUAAAAAAAAUAGGAAAUUGUAUUUUGCUUAAGAAAACAAAGCCUAAUUUUAGGACACUUAAGAUUUUUUGCAGUAUGAGAUUUGUUUUUUUACAAUUAUUAUUAUUAUUGCAAUUAAGCACUUUUUAACCCCUAAUUAUCUUUACCAUAUUGCAAUAAAAGAGUCUCAUUACAUAAUAUAAAAAAUAUAUAUAUAUUAUUUAAAUUGUAAAUCAUAUUUGUAUUUAAACUAUAAUGUUAAGUAAAAAAAAAAAUGUAUAUAUAGUUUAUACAUUUCCUGAUAUACAGUAAACAAUAACUGUAUAUAGAAAUACAGAAACACAGUUAUGAGAAUUUGGUGGUGGGGGGAGAGAGAUUAGCUUAAUUGUCAUGAAAAUAAUGUCGCAAUGCAAAAAAUUCUUAAUGGUCCUAAAAAAUAGGCUUGAUUUUCUAUAUGCAAAAUAUAACUUUUAAUUUAGAAAUAUGACCAAGACAUAUUUUCAUAAGAUUCCCCCCAUAUAAUGCCUUGGAAAAGGAACAUUUCAAUUAUAUCUCUAAAAAAUAUCAUGUGUUAUUACAUGACAAAGUGUGUAAAAUGUUCAGAUAAUUCUGUA